AUCUUCUUCUCCAAUUAAAUAGUAUUAUCAAACAACAUUUUCUUUAAUUAUUUUGCUCAAUCCUCAAGACCACAAUAAUUUUCAACUUUACAACAAAGCUCUGACCUUGUUCUUCCAAAGUGUAAUCGAAUGCCAUAUCACAAAAUCCCAGGAGAUCAGAUCUUGCCGUUUCAGAAUCAUCAAAAGACAAUCUCUUAAAGCAAUAUUCUAUCAAUUAGGACCACCAAAGCUAUUAGAUGGACGAUUGUCGGGAGAGGAGAAGACGGUGUACGAAACUGAGAGUAAGUACUGAUAAUAACGACAUGGAGAAGAUGAUGCAUAGAGAAAUCGAGAGACAAAGAAGACAAGAAAUGGCUUCUCUUUAUGCUUCCCUUCGUUCCCUUCUCCCUCAUCACUUCAUUCAGAGUAAGCGUUCCACAUCUGAUCAAGUGAAUGAGGCUGCGAACUACAUAACGUAUCUGCAUAAGAAGAUCAAGGAGCUGAGUUCGAAGAGAGAUGAGCUCAUGUUACUCUCUAGAGGAAGCUUCUCUGAUGAUUCUAAGGAUGAGAUGAAGAUGAUGAAUCAUGUGGUGGUUCGUCACUGUUUGGCGGGUCUGGAAAUAGUAUUUAGCAGCCGCUGCUGUGGUGGCCAACCACGGCUUUCUAGUGUUCUUCAAGUACUUAGUGAAAAUGGUCUCUGCCUUCUUAACGCCAUCUACUCUAUUGUUGAUGACAGGGUUAUUUACACCAUACAAGCUGAGGUCAACGAUAUGACUUUGAUAGACUUCAGAAAACUUGAAGAGAGCUUAAUCAGAAUGAAGUAAUAAAAUGGUUGUUGAGUAUAUUUAUAAUUUGGUAAUGUUUGUUUGUCCAUGUGUCAUCUUCAUUGAGAUGCCAUUUAUAAGAUCCGUCCAAAUGAUUCAUCUAAAUGUUAUCCGGCACUGUUCGUUUCUCCAUCAAGAUGGUUCAUCUAGAUGGAUCAUCGAAAUGAACUUCUGUUUUUCUGUUCGUUUCUAUUUUUAUCUAGAUGAAUUUGGUAAACAAAUGACUUAUAUAUCUUUUUUUUAUUUAAUCAUAUUUUAGCUUUGUUUA